UCAAAAACGACGCACCUUGAAAUAGGGUUCUUGAGGCGUUUAUUAUUGGCCAUAACUAUGUGAUAAUUCAUUCUUGAGACUUCUGAUAGCUGAUCUGCUCGAUUUCGGUCUGUUCGUUUCCCUUGGGCUAUCUUAUCAAUAAUCUUGUUGAUGGGUGCUCCCAAGCAGAAGUGGACAUCAGAGGAAGAAGCUGCUCUUAAAGCUGGAAUUGCAAAGUAUGGGGCUGGAAAAUGGAGUGCUAUACUUAAAGAUCCAGAGUUUUGUUUUUCUUUGUCUUUGCGAUCAAAUGUUGACCUAAAGGAUAAGUGGAGAAAUAUUAAUGUGGCAGCAAAUGGGUUUGGUUCCCGUCAGAAAAUUAAAACUAUUUCAAGAACCAGCCAAAGUAUAAAGGAGGAUGAUGAUUCUAAGGCAAUUGUUGCGUAUGUUCAGAAUGAGGAUGAUGUUUAUGAUGAUGUAGCCCCUCUUACUAUUUGUGCAGCAUUACCUUCUGACGAUUGCUUCAAAAGGCAAAUUCCAAGGUUGGAUGAUGUGAUAUUGGAGAUUGUUACUAAGUUGAAUGAGCCUCGUGGUUCUAGCAGAGUGGCAAUUGCAACACAUAUAGAGGAGCAAUUUGUGGCACCUCCAAACCUGGAAAAGCAGAUGGAUGCAACUUUAAAGCACUUAGUCGGCAUUGGGAAACUAAUUAAGGUCAAACAUCACUACAGGAUUGCUCCAUCUCCUGGAUUAUUUCAUGCAAGAAAAGGAGACUCCUCUUCCUCCUUGCAGCAUGUGGAGGCACAUAAGCAACAAGCUUCUCCUCCAAAAAUAGACAUGAGCGAAAUCAAGAUCCUUACUAAGUCGCAGGUCGACACAGAGCUAGAAAGUAUGAGAAACAUGAGUGCUCAACAAGCUGCACUUGUAGCUGCACGAGCAGUGGCUGAUGCAGAAGCUGCCAUUGCUGUUGCUGAAGCUGCAGCAAAUGAAGCAGAGAAGGCAGAAGCUGAUGCAGAAGCUGCACAAGUUUUCGCUGAAGCAACUAUGAAGGCUCUGAAAUGCAAAACCGUUUGUUUCUGAGUUUGAGAAUUUGAGACUAGACAGCAAUCUCUUUUGCUAAAAGUUACCAACUUGAUCGUGUUACCUUUCUUCUUUGGUCAUUUUCUUUAUGUAAUGGAUUGAUAGAUAUGCAAGCUUCUGUAAAUGAGUUUGAGAUUCUAUUUUAUUAGUUGCAAGAGAAAGAAUUAUGUAUUAGUUUUUUCAGAUUUUAUGAAGUUAAGAUAGAUUACAUAAUUGGUAAUAUUUGUA